AUGACAACUCCAUUUCCUCUUCUUCAUCUUCCGUACCUUGUGCUUAUGCCUAUCAUGGAACAAAUGGAAUUUAUGGAAAGAAUCGCACUUUCUGUUCUCUCCAAACGAGCCAGAAUGUACGUAAAACUUCUGAAAAUGAAGUAUAUGAUGUCUAUUUCAUGGUUCCCCGGUAGUCCACUUCCAAUAGACUAUGCCUUUUCAAUUAUGGACGUCAUGCAUUGCAAGUCGAUUAAUCAGUUCAUAGUCGCUGAAAUUUCUGAACACGAUAGUAUCCCAAUUGUCGCCAAACUUCCAAAAAUUGAUGAAGUCGUUGUUGGUCACAUUUGGCCUGACGUUACUUCUUACGAAGCAUAUUUUCAAAAAGAAAGACAGCUUCUCAGGUUCUGA